AUGUUCUCGAGGCCCUUGGCUGUACUCAGUGCACUCGCACUUGUGUCUUCUGUCGUUGCCGCCCCUGCUGCGUCCAGUACCAGUGGGAGUGACGAACAGUCUGCUACUACUCUCAAUCCUGCCGUGAUUGCAACAGGUUUCGCAGAGGAUGGUCAACAGGUCCCCACAGAGGGCCAGGUCCCAUCUUUGACGUCGAAGAACAAUUUUAUUAACUUCUGCUUAACCGUCAACAAGCCUAUCACAAAUGGCGAGCAGAUCAAGACUGGCUCGUGCAAUCCGGCACCAAUGGGUGUCAUCGCUGCGACAACCAACAUGCCAUCUGCGAAGUUCCAGUUCCCCAAGAACGGUGAUACAAUCAAAGCAAACCAACUGUUCACGGUGCGGCUAGCGGUCAGCAACCUCGAAACGGGCAACAUCGCCAAUGCGCAACGUAACUUUUAUGCCGCGCCGCAGCAAGUUAAUGCUCAAGGCAACAUCAUUGGACAUUCAAGAAUCACGAUUGAGCCACUCGACAGCCUCAACCAAACGAUUCCAACCGAUCCGAACAGAUUUGCAUUCUUCAGAAGUAUCACUGCGCCAGCAGUUAAUGGAGUGUUAUCGGCAGACAUUACGGAUGGUCUUCCCGCUGGUUUCUACAGAUUGGCAUCCAUCAACUCUGCCACAAACUUACAGCCAGUCCUUGUCGCUGUCGCUCAACAUGGCUCUCUCGAUGACAUGGUUUACUUCACUGUCGAGUGA